GACUCCAGCUCUAAUAUUUUAAAUGUUUGAAAAUGUAAUUUAAGCACAUUUUUAUUUAAACCAUCAGGACCUGGCCUUAUAUGUUUUGCAUUGUGUACUCUUCCAAUAGUGGAACAAAUAAAAAACAACAACUAACAGACAGAUAAAAUAAAUGAGCAGAUGAGAGCCGUGUAUUUAAACUCUCGCGAGAUUUGGUUCAUAAAAUAAUUUUACGUACCAUUUUACGUUCUUCCGAAAAAGAAUAUAAUUUAAAAACAUUUUCUGUUUCCACAGUGAAGUUAACAGGUAAAGGUUGGUGACACCCAGUUUUAUAUGUUUUUAAGUUUUUGUUUUUUUAGGUUUAUUUUAUUUUUAAAAAUCCUCACAAACUCUGAAGGCUGACACGACACGAGCUCAGAGAUGGACAGGGACAGGAAGAAGGUGUCAUUUCAGUGGUUACACGGUGCAGCCGCCACACCCUCACGCCCCCAGAGAAAAGGUUCUGGCUCAAAGAAACCGUCUCCAUGGAAAAUACAGAAAAAGGAAGGGUCAAGUAUUUUGCGUCAAAGCGACUCUCCUGGAUCUGAAAGUUUUGGAGCUCUGAGUCUGGACACUCCUAAAAGGAAAGCAGAAGUCCUCCAUGAAAGUGAAGAAUCUCUAGACAAAAUCAGGCAGAAGCUCUUCAGGGAUGAUUCCCAAAUAUUCACAGCGUCAGAGGAUAUGAAUGUAUCUCCCAAAGAGCUUCAACCCCCAGAGAUCCAGCAAGUGUCGACAACGCCAUCUCAUUCUUUUAUUUUGAAGAAGAAAGAAAGGACACCUGAGGAGGGAUCCAAGGCUAUCUGCAGGAAGGCACUGAUUGCAGCCCUUGGCAACACAGCAUCAGAGCUCAGCACUGCUACCAUCCCCAGGGGGGAGGCAAAAGCUGAGCCUUCCCCUCUUACCCCCUCCACCGGUGAGGCUGAGGUGCUCAGGUUAACCUUUGCACAGAGAGAGAUUGUGGAUAGUGGCUGCAUCUCAAGCAGAUCUGAUGAGGAGUUUGGAGGCCCCCACACAGAGGACAAGCGCUCCCCCCUCAGAGAAACCCAAAGUUACACCUCAGAGCCAAAGGCAGAUACUAGAGACUUUGUGUUUGUGAACAUUAUCCCCCAAGGCAAGAUAAAUGACGGCGAACAGGGUCAAGAUUCUGCUGUUUGUCUACUGGAGUUUUCUCCAGAACCACCACCUGAUCUUACUGCCGACCUGCAGAGUCCACUCGACCAGACCUCUUUAGUGAACUCCCCAGGAGAAGACGCUGGGACAUUCCACACUCCUGAGGGUGCAGGGACGGCGUCCUCUCAGGGGAAAUGUUUCGCCGCGUUUAGAGAGUCCCACCAGUCAAACGUUGGUGGUUUCACAGCCGGCUCUCAUAGUUUCCAGUCAUUUUCCGAACCCCCUGGGUUUGAUCCUUUUGCUCUGCCUCUACAGUCAGCUUCCACCCCCUCUAUGAACUUUGCAGCUCGACACAGACGCAGUGACUGUGGCCCCUCUGUGCGUUCCCCUCCUUGUCCCUUAAGUCCCAAUCUGUCUCAUCCCAGAAGGCUGUCCCUGGGGUCCGAUCGUUUGUGGACUGGCUCCAUUCGGGGCAGUCAGGGGACAUUCAUAGACACUCACUGCCAUCUGGACAUGCUCUACGGAAAACUCGGCUUCAGGGGGACCUUCAGCAGCUUUCGGAAAAGAUACAGAAACAGCUUCGCUCCACAGUUUGGAGGUUGUAUCGCAGACUUCUGCAACCCAGCCGUCAUGGUGAAGGAGGCCCUGUGGGAGCAUUUGCUGGCGGAAGACAUGGUUUGGGGGGCGUUUGGGUGUCACCCCCAUUUUGCCCAAAGCUACUCCAAUUUUCAGGAAAACAGUAUACUGACGGCGAUGAAGCAUCCAAAAGCCGUGGCGUUUGGAGAGAUGGGGCUGGACUAUUCCCACAAAAACUCAACUGAUGUCACACAGCAAAAAAAGGUGUUUGAGCGUCAGCUGCGUUUGGCCGUGGCCAUGCAGAAGCCUGUCGUGAUCCACUGCAGGGAUGCAGAUGCUGACCUGCUGGAGAUCAUGAAGAAGUGUGUUCCUCGGGACUACAAGAUUCACAGACACUGUUUCACCAACAGCUUUCCAGUCAUUGAGCCCUUCCUGACCGAGUUCCCAAAUUUAUAUGUGGGCUUUACAGCCUUGAUCACCUACAACAAAGCCAAAGAAGUCAGAAACGCCGUCCGCCAGAUCCCUUUAAACCGCAUUGUGUUGGAGACAGAUGCACCGUAUUUCCUGCCAAGACAGGUUGGGAAGAACGUCUGUCGGUUUUCACAUCCUGGAAUGGGUCUCCACAUCCUGGAGGAGCUGAGUUGGCUGAAGAGAGAGGACAUGGCCACGGUCCUCAGCACCAUUCGAAAGAACACCACAGAGCUUUACGGCAUCUAAUCUGUGGGGACACCACGUCAAAUCUGUCUCAAGUCAUGGACUGCACCUGUGUUUUCUUUGUGGCUCAAACCUCAAAUGCUCUUGUUUUUUUUAAUACUUUAUCUACAGGUGGAGGAAGGUCGAGGACAGGUUUUAGCCUAAAAGGCAAAUAAAUGAUCAGUAGUAAAAGUUAAAGACAAAGGUUCUCCUUGAUUAAGACGCUUUGGUUUAAUUCACGUUUUAAGUUCCUGUGAAUAGACGUUGGAACUGUUUGAGGUUUGUCACGGUUGUGUUCAUCGGUUCCAACCUCUAAAGUGUCUUAAAAACAUCAACUCUGUCAAAGUUUGGUUAGAUUCAGUGAAGGAUUAUUAAAGCCUGUUUUCCAUAAA